AUGUCCCGAUUGGAGUCUCUACCUACUGAGCUCUGGGAUCUGAUCUUAGACCAUAUCAUUCUCUCGGUCUCAAUAGAACUCAACGGCCUCGGUGGAGAACUCAUAAACCUCCACCGAAUCGCCGGUCUCACUUCGGCAUCGAAAACCCUUCAACAUGCCGUAUGGAGCUAUUUUGCUCGGAAACCCUUCAAGCCGCUAAUUCCUGGCGUGAAGUCAUUCGCCCAUUAUCUAGCCGAUCGUGCCUUUGGGGACAGCGUUCUCCCCUUCUCCAUUGCUAUUGGGACUCUCUUGAACCCUACGUCCCCAGCAGAUCACCCCACAUUACCUAACCAUGUUGCCAUGGAACUGAUCGAGACCAUGAUGAAAGCGCUUUUAUUCUCACGGGCACGUAAAGCUGAGACGCAGAUUCCUUGUUUCGCGCCGCCAACGGGGCCGUGGGAUUAUUCUCUGGAGCCCAUGUCUCGCAAAGUCGUGGAGUACUCACCGGCGUGGGUGGAGUUGGUCCUGGUGGUCAAGUGUCAGAUGGUGGCCUUCUACUUGGAACCUACAUGGUUUGACACACUGGUGUGGCGAGAGAUCCACCGGGAAAUGGUUCGUCAAAAGAUGCAGAAGAUGAUCGCAGCUAUCACAUAUAAGGAGACUCUUAUGCAGUCCCAGAGGGUGCAAAGAAGGCUUGCACCAAAGGACGAGUAUGGUGAGGGGAAGCGGGUGGUUGUCCAUCAUGAUGGACGGCGUUGGAUUGGUUGA